CUAAUAAAAUAAUGGGUAGACUAGUACGAUCACCAAACCAAAUAAAGUUGGUCACAUAUAGAAAUAUAUCCAUACUCUAUACCACUGAAUCGUAUCUAAACACGCCUUUUUCUCCAUACAGAUAGAUAUGGAUACAGAGAUGCAUUCCACCCCAACGCCAACAAUGCGAUCGGCCAUCACGGUGCCUCGCCUUGGGAUUAUGCCAACCGCGGCGCCCCGAACACCAGCCGCAACUGCACCGUCAACCACCGCUCGUACUAGUAUUCGAGCCUCCGCAGCCGUUCCGUCUCCACCAGAGGCGCCCCAUCGCAUCCGAUGCCCCCUUUGUUGCCGUUCACACAAGUUGCAGCACUGUGGGCUCUUCAAGGGCAUGUCGCCGACACAACGCCAGCAGGUUGCCCAGGCGCAUGGGCAUUGCAACAAUUGUCUGGCGCAUACACACACGACGCAGGAAUGCGACUCCGGUGCUUUGUGCCAAAUGUGUGGCAGGCAGCAUCACACGUUGCUUCACCGUACUCCGAGGCGAGAGGUCAAUCGGCAGCCUGCCCCACGAAUCCGCGGUGCAAACCGACCGCAGCAAACCAAUCGUGUGGCACGUCGCCGAAGAACGGCACCCCGAUCGGAGUCCCGUCCAUGGCGUCAGCACAACGUACCACCGACUAGGCGUAGGCCGCACUAUCGUCGCACGUCCGGACUCAGCAACGUUGUGGCAACGUUGCAACAGCUACAGCGACUGCUAGGCUGAACAUUCGCCUAGGGGGGCCGGGAUGGCUAAAUGAGUUAA